AAAGACUGAGAGAGUGACAGAGAGAAAUGGAGUGAAAGUUUAAAAUGGAGGGAAUAGGUGUCCAGUAUUUGAAAAAUUUCCACAUUAACCUACUUUUUAUGACAGCCAGUAAAUUCUGAAGACUUGAGGCUUAAAAUGAGGCUUAUAAUAAUAAUAAUAUAAUAUAUGCCAUUUAGCAGACGCUUUUAUCCAAAGCGACUUACAGUCAUGUGUGCAUACAGGCUUCACAUGAAUCGUUACCAAAACGCUGUGUUUAAAUCAGAUAGUGUCCUUGGUAUGGAUCAACAAUACUACUGUAUAUCUUCACUGAUAUUUUCAGGGUCUGUCCAUGGACAGUGACAUACAUGUACAUACAUUUACGUGCAUGACAUGAAUGUACAUUGCGAUAGCUCAGGUUCAUGGUUAGCAGUAGACAUGAAUAUUCAUGGCAUCUGUUCACACCCCAACCCUCUGGCUCUCAAUCUCUCUCUCUAUCUUUGCUCUCCACCUUUUCUCUCUCUCCCUCUCUCUCAUUCGGAGAGAAUACUCUUCUGUGGUCAGGAAGUAAAUGCGCCUCUUUAAUGUUUCAACAAAAGUCAUUGCAAGGCGCGUCCGCCAUGCCAUGCCAAAAGAGAGUGCAGUAAACAGGGUUUAUUAAAAUAAAUUAACAGUGUUUGGUAUACAGAAGUGAAUGGCUAAUCUGGGACAUUUCUGGGGACAGCUCUAGACAGGGACAGGCCACCGAAAUCAGGGCAGCACCGGAAGCUGUAACCAACCACAGGAGUCUACCAUGACAGCAUCAUUGUGACCUAAUUCCGAGAUGGAUAACCUGCCCUGCACAGAGUAAUGAGACUGAACUAAGCUGAACCGUAUCUCUCUGCUUAGGACUGAGUGAAGAGAGAGGUUAUGGAGGAGGCUAUGGUGUGCUCUCCUCUCCCAGACCUCAAGCAGCCAAACAGCCAGGUAUGCACCUCCUUGGAGCUCCUACCACCGAGCAGGCCCCUGGAGGAGGCUAUUCGGUGGGGAGAGAUGGAGAAGCAGGUGAAUGAGGCCGACAGGGAGAAAGAGGACAACUCUCCUCAAACUGGAAGGAUCUCUGAGGAGCCAGAGGAGCACUGGGACUCAAUGAGUUUACCCGUAUACCCCAUGACCUGUCCCAGUGUCCUUCUGUCCUUUGCCACAGUGCAGUGGGACAUGCCUGACCUUUCCCCUGACACACCCUUCCCCAUGACUGACAAUAGCUUGGCCGAUGAGCUGGAUUCCAGUGGAGCAGCCAGUCUGGACUGGACUGUGAACCCGCUGUCCCUUCACCACCAACAGCAGCAGCAGCAUCAAUCCUGUGUGACAAUGAUAAACAUAGAGCUGUCUGUCCAGGAGAAGACAGAGAAGCACAAUAGACCGGAACAGCAGUUGCCUCUGGACAGUGAAAACUCCCAUCCGGCAUGUGACACACCGAGCCCAGAUGUGGAGGCUUCAGCACAACAGCUAUUUGAGGAACAUGACUCUCUUUCAGAAAGCUCUCCGCGGCAGGAGACAGAGAAAGAGAUGGGACAGCCUGUGACAGAAGAUACUAUCCCACCCUCUGACAGAGCUCCUAGCCCUGUACAGACAGGAGAGUCAGAGACUGGGCAGGAUAGUGAGAGUCUAGACUCUGUACUGGGAGAGGAACAGGAACAGACUAGUAGAGUGCUAACAAUACCAAUCAAUUCAGAGCAAGGAUCAAGUUCUGCGAACUAUGAGGAGAAGGGACAGGCUGUAACUAAUUUAGUUUAUAAUGGAGAUUGUGACGAGCAGACAGAACAGACCGAGCAGUCAGAGGGGAGGGAACAGUCAGAUAGGGAGGGGGAAUCCGAGACUAUAGAACUCUUAGAGCAUCUAUUUGAGCCAGCUGAACUGAAAGAACAGUCAGAACUCACAGAGAAGUCUGAACACAGUUGGCAGUCAGAGCAUAACUACACAAAACAGAGUGAAUACAAAGACAACACCGAGACAACAGAGCAGCCAGAAGAGUCUGAGCAACUUGUAGAGUCCGACCAGGUAGAGCAUUCAAAUCAGUUAGGGGAGGAAGAACAGCAAACUGAAGAGACCCGUUUACAACAGGCAGAACAGUCAGACAAGAUAGACCAGUCAGAGUCAGAGCAGACAGAAUGUUUAGAAUCAAAACAAUUGCAACAGACACAACAUUCUCAACAAAUAGUGCACUCAGAGCAGACCGAAUUUUCAGUGCAGACGGAACCACAGACAGAACCAUCACGGGAGAUGGAACACUCAGAGGAUUCUGAGCAGUCAAAACAAUCAGGGAAGACGGAACAGUCGGAACAGUCAGAGCAGACGGAACAGUCAGAUCAGACAGAUAACAAACCAGUACAUUCAAAGCAGUUAGAUCUAUGUUUCCAUUGCACAGAGGAACUUGAACAGUCAGACAGUACAGAAGAACUGACUGAGUUGACAGAAGAGAAUGCGCAGACAGAUCAUUCCAAGCAGGUAGAAGAAUUGGAACCAAAAGAGUAUAAAGAGGAUUCAUGUUUGCCGCCCAGGGAAGGAAGUUUAGAGCAACUGGAGUCUCAGGUACAGCAAACAGAGGCCUCAGAAACAGUGGUGGUCCAUAUGAAUGGUGGAGGUUUGGACAGGGAGAAGGCCUGCAGGCUGGCUGAAAGACUCUACAGGCUGGAUGGGAUCCACAAGACAGAUGUGGUCAAACACCUAGACAAAGACAAUGGCUUUAGCCAAGCUGUUGGGCAGGAGUACCUCAAGUUCUUUGACUUCACCGGUCAGAGUCUAGACCAAGGCCUGAGGUCUUUCCUGAGGGUGGUGGUGCUGAUCGGUGAGACCCAGGAGAGAGAGCGAGUACUGCAGCAUUUCUCCUGUCGCUUCCAGCAGUGCAACCCUCACACCUUCUCCUCUUCAGGAGAAGUACUCACACUCACCUGUGCUGUGAUGCUUCUGAACUCUGAUCUGCAUGGACAGAAUGUGGGUAAAGCCAUGUCUGUGUCCAGCUUCGUGUCCAACCUGGAUGGGAUGAAUGAGGGUGAGAACUUCAGCAAGGAGCUGUUAAAGGCUCUCUACAACACCAUUAAGACUGAGCCUCUGGAAUGGGCAGUUGAUGAGAAGGAACUGAAGAGCUCCAUGCUGUUGGUGGAGGACGCUAAAGAGGACGCACCCUUGCGCUCCAAGAGCAACCCGUUCCAAGAUGUGCCUCAUGACAAGAAAGCCACAGUGUUCAAACAGGGCUUUCUCAAACGCAAGGCCCACGCUGACAUCGAUGGCAAACGCACUCCUUGGGGAAAGAGAAGCUGGAAGACCUUCUAUGGAGUGCUGAAGGGAAUGGUCCUCUACUUACAGAAGGAUGAGUAUAAGAUGGAGUGGCAGAGUACAGAGGAGGUGGUCAGUGUGCACCAUGCCCUGGCAGAGCAGGCAUCAGACUACACUAAGAGACCACAUGUCUUCCGUCUGCAGACUGCCGACUGGAGGGUCUUCCUCUUCCAGGCCUCCUCCACAGCAGAGAUGAGUUCAUGGAUCAGUCGUAUUAACCUGGUGUCAGCCCUGCACUCUUCUCCUCCCUUCCCUGCUGCCGUGGGCUCUCAGAGGAGGUUCUGCAGACCCAUCCUGCCUGCCUCCCAGUCUGCUCACACACUGGAGAGACAGCUGCAGUCCCAUGCUCGCAUGCUGCUGUCCUUCCAGGAGGACCUGGCCUACCUGCAGCAGAGUCUCCCUGGGAGCCGCAGGGCCAAGGCCAAGGCCAAGGAGCUGGAGGAACACCGUGUCAGAGAGGAGUACCUGCAGCAUGAGAAAUGUCGCUACGAGGCCUACAUCCAGAUGCUGGAGGUCUGGAAGGGUUUGAAUCAGUCAGUCGAUACUGAGGUGGGAACCAGCGAGCUCAGCCUGUUUGACAGAGCUUUGUGUAAGGACACAGUGGAUGAAGAGGGAGAGGAGGGAACCCUGAAGAAGUCCCACUCCAGCCCCUCUCUGGAUGUGGAGAUGGCCUUGCCCCACGUGGUCAAAGUCAAACGCAACAUCUCGGAAAGACGGACCUAUCGCAAGAUCGUCAUACCUCGACGCAACCGGGACAUAUGAGAAAAGGUGCCCAAAUGGGAUUAAAAUAUGACUCUUACAUGAGUUUUUAAAUGGCUCCUUUGAGGACAUAGACACAAUGUGUUACUUCUAAGCACUGUCCUUUUCAUUUUCAUGUUCAGCAAGAAGGCAAAAGUCAUCAAAACAGAAUUAAUCAAUCUCAGGGAUCUUGCUUGUGUCCUUUUCUUUGUUACAUUUGCUUUACAUAAAAGUAUUUAAUUAAUAUUUGUGCACUUUCAAUUGAACAAAAUGAAUUAAACCUCAGAAGUCAAUGCUCCCUGCUGA